CGCUCGCGCUGCGUUCAGAGGUCUCGUGCGAGUUCAAAUGAAUGACGGUUUGUUUGUUUGUAUUCUUAAACCAAACUACGCAGUUAAUUUGACUUUGAGCUAGCAGCGGGUAAUGACAACAUACGAAGAAACGACUCCCCGGUGGAGAACAACAAUUAUACUCAGUACAUCACUCCAGCAGAACCACGACACAAACAGGAUGCUCAGCAUGCAGCAGCACCGGAUCAGGUUGUCAGACAGCGUCGAGUCUGGAGCCUUUAUUUUCCCUCUGUCAGGCGUUGCAUUUCUGUUGGUCGACCCUCAAGACCUCCCAGAGCGUUUUGAGGAAUCUGGACUCACUGAGAGAAUCAAGACGUUUGUAGAAGUGCACCGGAACAGUUUCCUGCUUUUCUAUGCCCCCUUUAACGGGGAAAGGGAACUGGAAAUCUUGUCUGUGAUUCAGCACAGAUUCUUUGGCAGUAAUCUCAGGAUCCUGCCUGUGCGAAACAAUGUUGACAUUGUGAGAGGCAUGUUGACAAUUGCCAAGGCCACCAGCAAGCCCUACGUAGACAGUAUCCUCAACCGGAUGGCUCUGGCUCGGGCUCAGAUCGUUGAAAGCAGUCCUGUGUGGGAGAUGCUAAAAGAUCUUAUCUCUUCCCACACAUCUGUCUGAAGGUAGGAGGAGAAGACGAUCAGUUUUCUGCAUUAACAGGCUGGCUGGCAGAACAGCAGUGACAGUGCUGAAUUAGACUGACUUACAUGGCUUCUCAGUUCUUUGUCUCUGAUCAUGAGAAAGCGGAGAAGAUUCAGACUCUCCAUUAUCCUAGAGAAACAGAGACAGGGCAUUGAUUAAUGGCUCAGUCUGGAUGAAGUAUCCUAGUUCACACAGGAAAGUCACGUUUCAGGAAGGUUUAGAUGGCUCUGAAAAAACACAGGGGUCUUUACUCUCAAUUAGAUCUGAAGUUGAUUUUAAAUAGAUUCAAUUUUUUGUUAAUUUUAUGAAAUGCAGUAUUUGUUUUAGUUUUCCCAUAUAUGUUACAUAGGCCAAAACAUAAACAGAUACAUAUGUAGAGCUUGCAUCUCUUGUAUAUAUGUGGUCUGACCAAA